AUGCGCUUCUCCCAGAUCUUGACCCUUGUGGGCGUUGCAGCCACUGCGGCUGUUCACGCCGUCAGUCUCCCUCCUGGUGUCCCUAGAGACCUCCUCGAGUUCCGCAGCAAGCAUCCGUACAGCCCUCCCAAGCACGGCCACCGCAAGAUUGUCACGAUCCGCGCGUCGAAAAACGACCGGGAUGAUGUUUCGGCGGAAUUUGCGAGGGGAAUCAAGAAGGCAAACAACGGCGGCACCUUGUAUCUGCCCAGGAAGAAGAAAUUCGUUAUCGGCAAAGUCCUUGACUUGACUGGCUUAAAUGACAUUCACGUCCAUCUCGAUGGCGAGAUCAAGUUCACCAAUAACGUGGAGUACUGGCAAAAGAACGCCUGGUAUCACCCAUUCCAGAAGUCCAUUAUGUUCUGGAAAUGGGGCGGCAAAAACAUCAAGAUUUAUGGUGAGGGUGUCAUUGAGGGCCAAGGACAGCGCUGGUGGAAUGAAUUUGAGAGCGGUACAGGAUCCAUCCUUAACCCCGACAACAAGUACUACCGGCCCAUCCUUUUCUACGCCGAGAACACCACCAACCUGGACAUUUCCGGCAUCCAUCUCAAGGACUCUCCGUGCUGGAACAACUUUAUUGUGAGCUCCAAGAACGUCCGCUACACGGACGUCGUGGCUACAGCUUUGUCCAACAACGGCAGCGUCAUCCCCAAAAACACCGACUUUAUGAACACCAUGAACACAUCCGGUGUCCACAUUGAACGCGCCUGGGUCAAUAUUGAUGACGACUGUUUCUCGCCGAAGCCCAAUAGCUCUGACCUCUACGUCAACACCAUGUACUGCAAUGGUACUCACGGACAGUCUAUGGGCUCGCUUGGCCAGUACAAAGGCGAAGUCUCUAACGUCCAUGACGUCCACAUUGAGAACGUCUGGAUGAUGAACGGAGACUACUCAGGCGCUCGCAUCAAGACAUGGGCCGGCGCAGAUACCGGUACCGGAUAUGUUAAAAACGUCACAUUCAAGAACUUUUGGGUCGGCCGAAUGGACUACGGCAUCAUCCUCGACUCGUGCUACUUCAACAAGUCAACCGAAGAAUGCAAGAAGUACCCUUCGGGCAUGCAAAUCAGCGACAUCCGCUUCGAGAACUUCACUGGGUACACGUCGGGCAUCUACGGUAACGCCGUUGCGCGCCUCUCUUGCUCGACGAGUGAGAGUGCCGUCUGCGACAACAUCGUCAUUAAAGACUUCGACGUCAAGACUCCUUGCGGCGGGGAUCCUGUCAUCAUCUGCGACGGCGUCAAAGGCCACCUUGGCGUUGACUGUGUCUCUUACGAUAGUCCAGAGGCAAAGGCGGCGCUCGCGGCAAAAUGCAAGACCCCCAUGGCGGAGAUUGAUCUUGAUCCCUGGGGGAGCGGACAGGUCGAGAAACUCGAUGCAUACCACCCCCUCUGA